GCUAGCUAGCUAACAGCAAAAAGGAGGUCGGAAAAAAAUCGUAAACAUGCUGUAUUUGCUGUAACUUCAAUAUAGCUUGCAAAUGUUCCUUAAAUAUUACUUCCAACGUCUUAUGUUCAUAUUUAGUCAAUACGUUUAAAUGUAUGUUUUUUAAUUGUUAAAAAGUCAAGUGAGCUUUUCAAAAAGGGUGGUUUCAGUGACAGCAGAGCGAGUGCUCUUCUCGCGAGUACACCAUCUUUGACGAUUUCCUCUCGGGGUGAAACAGCGCUAGCUAGCUAACAGCAAAAAGGAGGUAUGAAAAAGCUCGUAAAAAUGCUAUAUUUGCUGUAAAACGUUUCAGUCUUGGGGCGUUUUUGUCCUUGUGAGUAAUUCUGUGUGCAAAACACUUCAAUAUAGCUUGCAAAUGUUCCUGAAAUAUUACUUUCAACGUCUUAUGUUCAUAUUUAGUCAAUACGUUUAAAUGUAUGUUUUUUAAUUGUUAAAAAGUCAAGUGAGCUCUUCAAAAAGGGUGGUUUCAGUGACAGCAGAGCGAGUGCUCUUCUCGCGAGUACACCAUCUUUGACGAUUUCCUCUCGGGGUGAAACAGCGCUAGCUAGCUAACAGCAAAAAGGAGGAAGUUGAUGCGCAUGUGACCUAAAUGCUUCCCUUCCUCCACAAAUGUGCCAUCCAGUCCACUCGCAGACUUCGUAGCUCACGAUGGCGGAACACAGACUUUCUUAAAAACAAGAUCGGUGCCGUGCUGCCUUCUCCCAGGAAUGAUGCCGCUUUACUGGGUGAUGAUUAUGGGGGCGCUCCUUCCUCUGGCUCUCAUGUCUAAACCAGACCGAUGUGCCCUUCAGGACACCCGCAGCUCCCAUGACGUGUUGAUGCAGUCAUUGCAGUGUCGUAACGACUAUGAAUCUCACGUCCACUGCACGUGGACGGAAGGCCCGCACGUACGUGCACCUCUGCAGCUCUGGUUCCAGACAGAAGACGGCAGGGAGCGAUGCGAGUCGAACGGCACUCAAGUCCAAAAUGAAAGCGGGCACAGAACUGUCCGGUGUAGAUAUGAAACCCGCUCAUUUUCUAUCGGCAUUGAACACACGGUCUUCUUUCACAAGGACGAUGUAGUGUGUUCAUCCGUGCCACGCCAGCCUUUGAGGCUAUCUCACCGCUUGAGAGCACGCACACCCGUGGAUCUGUCCGCACGUGACGCAGGUGCCGGACACGUGUUGCUCAAAUGGUCCAAUCCUUAUCCUGUGUCUUCCUCCUUGAACAAAAACCUCACGUACCAACUGAGCUACAAAGCAGACAGACAAGAUACGUGGACUAUUGUGAACGUGACGCGCACUGAUGUCAAACUGGAGAUGCUGCUUCCGGGGCGCAGGUUUGAGGCCCGAGUGAGGGGUCGGGCCAGUGUUGGCCAGUGGAGUCACUGGAGUCCUGUGGUGACAUGGAGGAUGAAAGAAGACAUCAGGCAGCUCCCCAGCCUGCACUGCGUGCUGGAUGGCGAGGAGGCGGCGACGUGUAGCUGGGAGGUGAGCAGAGAGCUGGAUCACUUAAUUACCUACCAGCUGGCCUGUCAGCACAACCGCACUGCACCGUCCGAUAGAUGCUGCUCGAAGCCGACGGUUACCUUCGACGCCACUGCGCCGCUGGUGCGAUAUAGCUGCUCGGUGGCUGUCGCUAACCCCGCACAUCUGCUGCUGGAGCUGCAACCGGCACGCAACAUCAGGACGUUCAAGGCAAACACAAACAUUCAUCCCAAGCCACCGCAGCAGGUGAAGGUGAGGGAGAAAGACCACAACUGGGUUGUAGAAUGGACCGAACCAAGCACAGCCUCCAGAAUACGACUGUAUUAUCAAGUGUGGUAUUACAGCAGGCAGGAUCAGGAUUCUUCUAUCCUGCUCAACAUCUCGGAGGGUUCAACAUCAGUGUCCAUAUUGGAUUCGUCUUUGAGCCCAUCCCAGCACCACCAGGUCCGAGUCAGGUCUUUAGUCAUCCCUGGAGAGGGUUUACUCUACGAAGGAAGCCCCUCCGAGUGGACCGAGCCGGUCUAUUGGACCUCACACGCAGCCACCUGGCCCCUCACCACCAUCAUCUACUCCACCGUCAGUCUGAUUGUGGUAUCAGUCUUCUGUGUACUCUACGUCAGCAUUCCGCAGUGUCACAGCAAAAUAACUGUUUGGGUGAGCUCGAUUCCAUCUCCUGGCAAAAGCAAAGCCCUGUCGGAAAUCAAGUGUGCCACCAAUGGAGUCCUGAUGGAGAGCACUUACAUCUUGGACAGCGUGUCUACAUGCAGCUCCUCGACUUCCUGGCUGAGGCCAACUGAGGAUGCUGAAAAUAAAGAUUUGGAGCAGGACCGACAGGACUUCAAGUGUAAUAGCCUGCCCCUACCUGCCGGGGGGGUUAAUGGCUCUGACCUUCCUGCGCACUUCAGUGGCCCAUAUAUCCUCUGUCAGUCAAUGGAGUCCAAGUGCGUCAGUAAAGGGACAAAGGAGAAAGACGAAACACCGUCGCCUGGUCCUGAUUGUCCAUCCUCUGCGUUCUGCACCCAAUAUGGAGAUGGUUACCUGUGCCUCCCCCAUCCCAGUGUCUCCGUGGCCACACAGGAUCCGGUGUCGCACUGCAAUGCCAACGCGCAAAAGCGUGAGCAGGAUCGACGGUACUCGGAUAACAACACAGUGAGGCCUGAUGAGCUAGGCCAUAUUCAGCCUGCCAGCAGUGACACGCCUCCAUCCUACGGCUCAGGACCCUCCUGGCCCACCAACAGGGCCUCUGGGUACUGUUUCCUGCCCUCGCCGUCGUAAGAGCAGCACUUGAUUACUGCUUUGUCAGACACAACUGAGACAACUCCAUUAUUCUGAAAGGAAUGUUUAGAAAUAAAAUUGUAUUUUU